AAAAAAAAGAUCAGGUUUUGAUAGGCACUGUUUUUAGAAUCAAAUAAACGGGUCUGGAAUGAACUCAGAACUAACACUAGUAUCUUCAGGUAGAACCUGACCCUGAUUUGGGACAGAUAACAGUAGCCUGUGGUAACCCCCUGCCCUCCUCCCCGACAUUUUCCCGUAAACUCUGCCCCCAAGAUGUGCCUGGGGAACUGGUGGGGAGGGAGCCCUGCCCAUUCCAGGAACUGCGGGAAUUGGCGGGUGGCACAUCCAGCAACUAGGAAGAGAUGAAGCCGGUCAGGCCGUCCUUGGGUAUGAGUGUGGAUUUUCUCCCCAGGGAUAGGAGGCCACUGAAGGGCCACAGCAGGGGAUGGGAGAGUCUGCUCCUCCCCUGUGUGCCUCACUGACACUGCCGCUCUGCCUUCCCCUGGCUCACUCAUCUCCUGCAACAAGGCUCCCAACCUGCCCCUCACCACCUCCCGAGCACUUCUGCUCUCUCAAGGACCUGCACUUGUUUCAAGCCAGCCGUCCUCUCACUGGGCCUGUCUUCUCUGCACCAAGUUAUGGUGUCUACGUAUACUCAAAUUCCUUCUUUCGAUAUGAAGGAGAAUGGAAAGGAGGGAGGAAGCACGGUCACGGGAAGUUGUUAUUUAAAGAUGGCAGUUAUUACGAAGGGGCGUUUGUGGACGGAGAGAUCAUGGGAGAAGGCCGCCGGCACUGGGCCUGGUCAGGAGACACCUUUUCUGGACAGUUUGUUCUGGGAGAGCCUCAAGGAUACGGCGUCAUGGAGUACAAAGCCGGCGGAUGUUACGAAGGGGAGGUCUCCCACGGCAUGCGGGAAGGACACGGGUUUCUGGUGGACCAGGAUGGACAAGUGUACCAGGGCUCCUUCCAUGACAACAAGAGGCACGGCCAUGGGCAGAUGCUCUUUAAGAACGGUGACAAGUACGACGGCGACUGGGUCCGGGACCAGCGUCAGGGACAUGGGGUGCUGCGCUGCGCUGACGGCUCCACCUACGAGGGACAGUGGCACAGCGACGUCUUCAGUGGACUGGGCAGCAUGGCCCACUGCUCAGGGGUCACCUAUUACGGGUUGUGGAUCAAUGGCCACCCAGCAGAACAAGCUACAAGGAUCAUGAUCUUGGGUCCGGAGGUGAUGGAAGUGGCCCAAGGAUCUCCCUUCUCGGUGAACGUUCAGCUGCUGCAGGACCACGGGGAAAUUGCCAAGAGCGAGAAUGGCCGGGUCCUGCAGAUCUCAGCGGGCGUCAGAUACGUGCAGCUGUCAGUCUACUCUGAGGUCAGCUUUUUCAAAGUGGACAGAGACAACCAAGAGACACUCAUCCAGACCCCAUUUGGGUUCGAAUGCAUCCCUUAUCCUGUGUCCAGCCCCGCAACUGGGGUGCCAGGGCCCAGAGCUGCCAAGGGAGGUGCAGAAGCCGACAUGCCCCUGCCCAGGGGAGACCUGGAGCUGCAUUUGGGUGCCCUCCGUGGCCAGGAGGACACCCCUGGUGGCCUGCUUGCCAGGGGACACGCACCCCAUUGUCCCGGGGCCUGUCGGCGAGUGGAGCAGGGCUGUGCCGAGUUCACAGAUGUCCUCCUGGGGCCGCCCCCGCCCGGGUACCACCCCUUCCUGUUCCUGGACAGCCUCCACAAGAAGGCAGGCGGCAGAUCCAGAGGCGACCUGCACCCCAGGGGGACACCACCCACCGCACAGGAGCCGCCUGGAGGCAGCAGGCCUGAGGGGACAGUAAUGGAGGAGCCAGCUGCGGCAGCAUACCCAGGGGAGUACGUGCUCACGAUCCGCGACGUGACCACCCCGCCGUUCCUGGGGCACAGGCUGCCCCCCGCCUUCAAACACCUGCGGGUCGUAGCGAAGAGGGCUGGCCAGCCACCCCAUGUCCUGGAAAAAGGUCCUGAAGCCUCAAGCGGCUGGCAGGUCGCCCACAGCUGCACCCCAGAGCCACCAGCGCCUUGGUGAGGCCCUGUGUCCACAGGAGGCCACCUCAGUGUGAACGGAAGGAAACGCUGCCUCUGCUUGUGGGACUCUGCUCCCCGAUUCUCCAGAGCCCCGCAGCUGCCGGCUUGAAUAAAAUGCUCAGUGUCAGCUAUGGAGGGCACUGCUCCUUGGGCCCCACGCCAGCAGCAAGGCCCUCCCCAUGCACCCACACACUCACGGGCGAGGCAGCAGGACUGGGCCCCACGUCCUUGCUCACUGCUGUGGCCCCCGAUCUGCGCAGAGCCCUGGGAAGCCUGGGGGCUCAGGCGGGACACAUGGGAUGGCUCGUCUCAGUGCCUCAAGGCCAGGCCUGUGGCAGUAUCCCAGGCACCCUUCGAGGCCAGCACGUCUGUCCCACCCACACUGUUCCCAGGCCCAGCCGCAGUCGGUGCCGGAAUUCCCUGCCAGGCUGGGGCUGAGAAGGAGGGUCCCUGUCUCCCUGCCACAGAGCUCUGCAGUGAAGCCCAGCCAGCCAACCCCCUGGCCUCUGCCUGGCACUACCCACUCCAGGCAAUCCUGCCUGCAGGACGGGCUCCCAUGGCAAGAGGCAGGAAGCAUGCAAUCAGCUCUGCUGACCAGGUGUCCUGCCUGCCUGACGCCUCCACCCCGCACUGACCAGGGAGGAUGGUCAGGGACAUUUUACAGCUGCCUCUGGAGGGCCCCUCAACCAGAGAGGGGCCAGAAGGUCAUUGGGGAGGGGGCACUGAGAUGGCCCAUGGGCAGCCAGCCACUCGGUCAGCACAGAAGGUGGCCACUGCAGAGACCCUGCCUCCUGGCCCCGCCGCGCCUGCCCUGGCCCCUGGCUUCACCCCGCCCACCUGGGGCCUGUGCAGCUUGGCUGGUCUCACCCUCUGCCCUCCCAGCGCUGGGCAGGGAGCCAGCCUCCUCAGGCCCUUGCUCUCCUGGCGGCCCCUCAGACCCGCCGCCGUCCUUGCAGCCCACCCUCUCAUAAGACCACCGUUUGGAGCCCUGGGGAGGGGGCGUCCAGGGCCUAGCCCCAGCCCCACACCAGACCCAUGCCCCCGAUGUUUCCCUCAUGCUGCUGUCCCCGGCUCUCCCACGACUAGCACCGACCUCCUUGCAUUGCGGCCAGACCCACCCUCCCACCGUCCAGGCGCACUUCCCUGGGAGCACACCAUCUCCCGGGCCAGCUGCGGCCGGGGCGUCUCUCCAGACCUGCACAGGGAGCUGCUUCUGCUCGGCGGAGGGAGGCUGUGGACAGAGGAGCUGCAUUCACAGCAGUGCAGGAACCCGGGGCAGCCCGUGGGCACACGGGGUGAAGAUCCACCCAGAAGCUGGGGUGCUCCACAGUGGGGGGCCCUGGGGAGCUCUCAGGGAAAGCCUGGUUGGGGCCAGGUUGGGCUCAGCGUGGUGGAUGCACUGAAGGCGGCCUGCUGCCCAGGGGCAGAGGGGCGGGCUGGGGGGCAUUGCAGGGAAGAACCAGACCAGAUCAUGGGGUGCUGGGUCCCCCAUCCUUGGAGGUGACAAGCUGGAGGCCACUAGAGCUGCAGCAAGGGGACCCUUCCUCUGCCAGGGCAGAGUGUUCCCAAGGCCCCCUGGUUCUGAGCUCUGCAAUUUGGAGGCCGAGCGCAUGUGGGGGGCUCUGGCAUCCCCAAAGUUUCCCCAGAUACCCAGGCGUCCAUUUCAGACAGGAAGGCAGGCAGCCACCCUCCCGCACCUUCUAGAAGCCCAGAGCCCGUGGCAAGGCUGCGUCUCCCAGCUGCGGCCAUCCUCGAGGCUCCCAGAGCCCAGGGCGGCUUCGUCACAGCCAUGGCUCCAGCCUCUGGUCCCUGGAGCCUGUGAGCACCUGGCGGUUCUGACACUGCCCCUUACCCUUGGAGUUGGCUACGCCCAUCGAAAGGGAGGCU